AGCGCCGCAACGCCGGCCUUUAGCAGCGCUCGCCGGCACUGCCCAAGGGCGUCCCCGAGCCGUACCGCGGCGGCGUCUCAUCGUUACUUGUCUUCGACCGACCGAUUGGCGCAACGGCAGCGCGUCAGAUUCCAGUCCUGAAGGUUACGCGUUCGAAUCGCGUAUCGGUCACUUUACAGGUGGCCAUGGCGGCAACGCCUACGGUACACCCACAGGCACAGAACAGCGAUGGGCCGCCUCCGCCGCGCCGCCGUCGCCGCGACCGCCUGCACAACAACAGCGUUCCACGUCACGACAACACCAACGAGGCACUCAAUCAAACGGCACCUCUACGCCCCGAAGGGUUCUGGUUAUGUCGAGCAGGACGAGGACUCUACUCUAGAUCGGUUCCGGGACUGGCCCGACGAAUACGUGCCCGACGAGACCUACGAAGGGACCUGCGUGCCCGGUACUGCCAGAGACAACGCUCCUCUGGAAGAUCUGAGUUUAGUAGCAAAUAUCGCGCCGCACGCGUUCUUCGAGGCGCCCUUCCACGCGCGGCUUCCCGCGAACCACCCGGCCAUGCUCAGUCCCUGGGAGCGCCUCGAGAAGGCGGGGCGCUUCGUCGACGACGACGAGGACGAGAAAAUCAAUAAACCAAGAAAAAAGAAGCAGCAGAAGAAGACGACAAAGGUCGAGGCGGUGGACGACAUCGAACCGGUCGUCAAGGAGGAGAAGGACCCGCUCUUCGCGGACGACGCGUCCGAUUUAUUGGACGCGGCUUUGGGUUUGGACGAUGACGAAGACGAGGCGCCGCCGGCGGCGGCAUCGGAGGAGGCUCCUACGGAGAAGGCGUCGGGGGACGAGUGGCUACUGGACUAAGUUGGCUGUGUUAUU